UUGCACGGCUGCAACUUUAAGACAGAAGCGAACUCCCCCUCUUUUCUCGAACAAUGGUCUCUACCAGCCACCGCUGCUCUCGCCGCUGAAUCCUCAACGUGCCAUUUUAUUACUAAUGGGCAAAUCUGGAAAUCAAAAUGUCAUCGAUACACGGGACAGUAUCGCGUUUCUGAGGAUGCCAGCGGUGGAUAUUCGCGCGGGUUUCGCCGGAGCAGUGCUAAUUUUGGCCAGUGAAGCUUCCUCGUUGUGAAUCGGAUGAUUGGAGCAGCUGGGCGCUCGCGCUUAGAUUGCAGCUGUCAUUGAUAUUGCACAGUGAACACAGGUAAAGAUGAUGUGCGAAGUGAUGCCCACGAUCAGUGAGGACACGGCGAUGAGCCAGCGUGGCUCCCAGAGCAGCGCCUCCGACCCUGACUCGCAUUUUGAGCAGCUGAUGGUCAACAUGCUUGACGAGAGAGACCGUCUGUUGGACACCCUGAGAGAGACACAGGAAAGCCUGGCCCUCGCCCAGCAGCACCUGCAGGACGUCAUCUAUGACCGGGACUCACUGCAGCGUCAGCUCAGCUCCGCACUGCCUCAGGAGUUUGCUGCCCUGACGAAAGAGUUGAACGCCUGCAGGGAACAGCUGCUGGAGAAGGAGGAGGAGAUUUCAGAGCUGAAGGCCGAAAGGAACAACACCAGACUGCUAUUGGAGCAUUUGGAGUGUUUGGUUUCGAGGCAUGAACGUUCUCUUCGCAUGACUGUGGUGAAACGACAAGCUCAGUCUCCUUCUGGGGUCUCCAGUGAGGUGGAGGUCCUCAAAGCCCUUAAGUCCCUCUUUGAGCACCACAAAGCACUGGAUGAGAAGGUACGAGAGAGAUUGCGGGUGUCACUAGAGAGGGUCUCUGCUUUGGAGGAGGAGUUGACCGCAGCCAAUCAGGAGAUUGUGGCCCUAAGAGAGCAGAAUGCACACAUUCAGAGGAAGGUGGCAUCAGGAGAAGGGGCUGAGGACUUGUUGGAGGGAACUGAUACCCAGAAAGUUCAUGGCAAGCGGUUGUCUAACGGGUCGAUGGAGUCGGGGGACGAGGCCAGUCAGGUGGUGGAGCUGCAGGAGCUGCUGGAGAAGCAGAACUACGAGCUGGCGCAGAUGAAGGAGCGCAUGUCCUCGCUGUCCUCCCGUGUGUCCGAGGUGGAGCAGGAGCUGGAGACGGCUCGCAAAGACCUCAUCAAGAGCGAAGACAUGAACAACAAGUUCCAGAGAGAUAUUAAAGAGGCUAUGUGUCAGAAAGAAGACAUGGAGGAACGGAUUGUGACUCUUGAGAAGCGCUAUCUCAGUGCCCAGAGAGAGUCCACAUCACUACAUGACAUCACAGACAAGCUGGAAAACGAACUGGCCAAUAAGGAGGCGUUCCUCAGACAGAUGGAGGAGAAGAACAGGCAGUUACAGGAACGGCUGGAGUUGGCGGAACAGAAGCUCCAGCAGACCAUGAGGAAAGCUGAGACUCUGCCUGAAGUCGAGGCUGAGCUAGCACAGAGGAUAGCAGCCCUCACUAAGGCGGAGGAGAGACACGGCAGUAUCGAGGAGCGUAUGAGACAUUUAGAGGGACAGCUGGAGGAGAAGAACCAGGAACUGCUCAGGGCUCGACAGAGAGAGAAGAUGAAUGAGGAACACAACAAGCGUCUGUCGGACACUGUGGACAGACUCUUGACAGAGUCGAAUGAGCGUUUACAGCUUCACCUGAAAGAGAGAAUGGCCGCUCUUGAGGACAAGAAUGUGUUAAUACAAGACUCUGAUAACUACAGGAAGCAGUUAGAAGACUCCAUACAGGAAAAGUCUCACCUCUCGGAGGAGAUCGAGAAACUGAGAUCUGAACUGGAUCAGUACAGAUUGAGGGCUGGAUCCCUUACUGAGCCCACGCUGUCACGGUCUCAUCUGGAUGCAUCUGGAGAUCUGCGUUUCUCUCUGGGUUCUCUUGCAGAGACGCAAUCUGACCAUUACCGCUCCACCAAGGUGAUCCGCAGGCCCAGGAGAGGACGCGUGGGGCUACGUAGGGAAGAACAGAAGGCUAAGUCUCUGGGAGAGCACGAAUGGCGCUCUCAGCAACUUGGCGUUCUGGUAGGCCACCCAUUCGAGAGCGACACGGAGAUGUCGGAUAUCGAUGACGAUGACAGAGAGACCCUUUUCAGUUCUAUGGAUUUACUGUCUCCUGGAGGACAUUCAGAUGCUCAGACUCUGGCAAUGAUGCUGCAAGAACAACUAGAUGCCAUCAAUAAAGAGAUCCGGCUGAUCCAGGAAGAGAAGGAGUCAACAGAACUGAGGGCAGAGGAAAUCGAGAACCGUGUGGCCAGCGUGAGCCUGGAGGGGCUGAACCUGGCGCGGAUGCACCAUCCCGGAGCCUCCAUCACUGCCUCAGCCACUGCAUCCUCCCUCGCCUCCUCCUCCCCUCCCAGCGGACACUCCACCCCCAAACUCACCCCGCGCAGCCCUGCCCGCGACAUGGAGCGCAUGGGGGUCAUGACACUGCCCAGUGAUUUGCGGAAGCACAGGAGAAAGAUCGCAGCGGUGGACGAGGACGGUCGAGAGGACAAGGCCACCAUCAAAUGUGAGACCUCACCACCUCCCACACCUCGCCAUGUCCGCAUGACCCACACGCUGCCUGCUUCUUCACACAAUGACGCACGCCUGACGGCUGCAUUAGAGACAGAGGCCAGUGCUCUGAGCAGUGUAGCCAGCAGUCAAGACUCCCUCCAUAAACAGCCAAAGAAGAAGGGCAUCAAGUCCUCUAUCGGACGUCUGUUUGGGAAGAAAGAGAAGGCCAGACUGGGGCAGCUGGGGAAAGAGAUGAUGGGACCAGGACAAGUAGGGAAUGUAUCCGAUCCUGAGCUUCUAGGUCAGGAUAUUACGGUGGGAAAGCUGGGAACACAGGCAGAGAAAGAUCGCAGGCUUAAAAAGAAACACGAGUUGUUGGAAGAAGCCAGAAGAAAAGGGUUACCUUUUGCUCAGUGGGACGGUCCUACAGUUGUCUCAUGGUUGGAGCUGUGGCUAGGGAUGCCAGCAUGGUACGUGGCAGCAUGUCGUGCCAAUGUAAAAAGCGGCGCUAUCAUGUCAGCCCUGUCGGACACCGAGAUCCAGAGAGAGAUUGGCAUCAGCAAUCCUCUGCACCGCCUCAAACUACGCCUGGCCAUCCAGGAGAUGGUCUCGCUCACCAGCCCUUCGGCUCCCCCUACGUCUAGAACUCCGUCGGGUAAUGUGUGGGUAACCCACGAGGAAAUGGAGACCCUUGCCGCCCCCUCCAAAACGAAAUCGGAGUCAGAGGAGGGGAGCUGGUCACAGACACUGGCAUACGGGGACAUGAACCACGAGUGGAUCGGGAACGAGUGGCUGCCCAGUCUAGGUCUACCUCAGUACCGUAGCUACUUCAUGGAGUGUUUGGUGGAUGCACGGAUGCUGGACCACCUCACCAAGAAGGACCUCAGAGUGCAUUUAAAAAUGGUGGACAGUUUCCACAGAACCAGUCUGCAGUACGGCAUCAUGUGCCUGAAGAAGCUCAACUAUGACAGGAAGGAGCUGGAGAGACGCAGAGAGAGCAGCCAGCAUGAGAUAAGAGACGUGUUGGUGUGGACUAACGAGCGUGUGAUUCGCUGGAUUCAGAGCAUCGGUCUCCGUGACUACGCCAACAUCCUGUUAGAGAGCGGUGUGCACGGGGCGCUCAUAUCGCUAGAUGACAACUUUGACUACAGCAGCCUGGCCCUGCUGCUGCAGAUCCCCAACCAAAACACUCAGGCUAGACAAAUUCUGGAAAGAGAGUACAACAAUCUGCUGGCGCUGGGAACGGAGAGACGAUUAGAUGAGUGUGAUGAGAAAGACUUCCGAGGACCGUCGUGGAGGAGGCAGUUUCCUCGGCGGGACAUCCAUGGGAUCAGCAUGAUGCCUGGCUCAGCAGAGACCCUGCCCGCUGGCUUUCGCCUCACUGCCACCUCCGCACACUCACGCAGACUGCCACCAGAGGUCCUGUAUGAGGCGAUGGAUGACAGUCCUGACGACAUGUAUUUGGACUGGUUUCAAGUUGGGCCAUCGGCGAUACAGCGUCUGGACACCUCCACUGUGAGGACCUACUCUUGCUGAGAGAACAUCAAUACUAUAAGCUAGUCAUACCUUAAAGUUGGCCUGAACAAACAAUUCAGACGAGUCACACUGCCAAGAGAACAACAGGAGCCCGUGGAGGACAGGGCGGGGAGGCGGGGGUCCAGGCGUCCACCCCAGGUGCCGACACGCUCUCGCUCUUUCUGUCUUUCACACCACGUGGCUCCUUCGGCUUAAGUACUGUGUAUUUCUUUUACAGGGGAUGUGUAGGUUCAACUGUAAAUCACUAUAAAUAAAGCUGUUUUAUAUAUAUAAAUACAUACAUAUAAAUAAAUAUAUAUACAUACACACAUCUGUAUAAAAAGAUUACACGUUCAGAGUUUGUGCACAUUGUGUCCUUUAACGUCAUGGUUUUAAACAAUGCUGCUGUUCUAAUUUUUGGCCUAUGCCCCAGAGACACUUUGAACAUGCCGUUACAUUUUAUUCAUUCAGUCAUGCGUUUUGAGGCCGAUUGCUACUACAUACAAGAUCAGAAUGUCAUCUUGCGUUGAAUUGUGAGAAACCACUACUCCUGAAAGACACUACAGAAAAACAAUUCUUAAAGCACUGAUACUUUCAGGAGCCUUAAUGCUUAUUUUUUCAACGUUCGUUUA